CUAAGGGGGCUGUGGAACAUUUGCUGGUCUGGGUCCUGUCCUACUGCAUCGAGGAACGGAGGACACCGCAGCCCUGGGGCUAUCUGCCUGGGGCCAGCGUGGGAGCCCAAGCUUCCCUCUCCUCAUCCAGCCGAGGCUGCGAAGGGUACCGCCCACGGGGGCCCCUGGUCCUCCGAUCACCGGGUAAAGCUUCACUGGCUGCCAGGAUCCCCGGCCGGGAUGCACUUCAGCACCGUCACCAGGGACAUGGAAGCCUUCACGGCCAGCAGUCUGAGCAGCCUGGGGGCCGCGGGGGGCUUCCCGGGCGCCGCGUCGCCGGGCGCCGACCCGUACGGCCCGCGCGAGCCGCCGCCGCCGCGCUACGAACCGUGCGCCGCCGCCGCCGCCGCCGCCGCCGCCCCCGGCGCCCCGGGCCCGCCACCGCCGCCGCACGCCUACCCGUUCGCGCCGGCCGCCGGGGCCGCCACCAGCGCCGCCGCCGAGCCCGAGGGUCCCGGGGCAAGCUGCGCGGCCUCCGCCAAGGCGCCGGUGAAGAAGAACGCAAAGGUGGCCAGCGUGAGCGUGCAGCUGGAGAUGAAGGCGCUGUGGGACGAGUUCAAUCAGCUGGGCACCGAGAUGAUCGUCACCAAGGCCGGCAGGCGAAUGUUCCCCACGUUCCAAGUGAAACUCUUCGGCAUGGACCCUAUGGCCGACUACAUGCUGCUCAUGGACUUCGUGCCGGUGGAUGACAAGCGCUACCGGUACGCCUUCCACAGCUCCUCCUGGCUGGUGGCCGGGAAGGCAGACCCUGCCACGCCGGGCCGUGUGCACUACCACCCUGACUCGCCUGCCAAGGGUGCACAGUGGAUGAAACAAAUCGUGUCGUUCGACAAGCUCAAGCUGACCAACAACCUGCUAGAUGACAACGGCCACAUUAUUCUCAACUCCAUGCACAGAUACCAGCCCCGCUUCCACGUCGUUUAUGUAGACCCUCGCAAAGAUAGCGAGAAAUACGCUGAGGAGAACUUCAAAACCUUUGUGUUUGAGGAGACACGUUUCACCGCGGUCACUGCUUACCAGAACCACCGGAUCACGCAGCUCAAGAUUGCCAGCAACCCGUUCGCCAAAGGCUUCCGGGAUUGCGAUCCUGAGGACUGGCCCCGGAACCACCGGCCCGGCGCGCUGCCGCUCAUGAGCGCCUUCGCGCGCUCGCGGAACCCCGUGGCCUCCCCCACGCAGCCCAACGGCGCGGAGAAAGACGCGGCGGAGGCCCGGCGAGAAUUCGAGCGCGACGCGGGCGUGCCGGCCGUGCUCGGGGACCCGGCGCAUCCGCCGCAGCUGCUGGCGCGGGUGCUGAGCCCCGCGCUGCCCGGGGCCGGCGGCGCCGGCGGCCUCGUCCCGCUGCCCGGCGCGCCUGGAGGCCGGCCCAGCCCCCCGCACCCGGAGCUGCGCCUGGAGACGCCCGGCGCGUCGGAGCCGCUGCACCACCACCCCUACAAGUACCCGGCCGCCGCCUACGACCACUACCUCGGGGCCAAGAGCCGGCCUGCGCCCUACCCGCUGCCCGGCUUGCGCGGCCACGGCUACCACCCGCAUCCGCACGCGCACCCGCACCACCACCACCCCGCCGUGAGCCCGGCCGCCGCCGCCGCCGCCGCUGCCGCCGCCGCCGCCGCCGCCGCAGCCGCCAACAUGUACUCAUCGGCCGGGGCCGCGCCGCCCGGUUCCUACGACUACUGCCCCAGAUAAUACGGGCGUCCGCCGGCGCGCUCCGCCCCGGCCCCCGCAGGAGCCCCGCACAGCCCGAGGACCGGCGGGGCCCAGGCCACCCAGCCCCAAGGGCCAUCAAAGAACACUUUCCCCAGCCCCGGGGGCCAUCGCGGGCCUCCCCUUCCCCAGCCGCGAAGCCAUGGGGACCUCCACCCUGCAGCCCCGAGGGCUGCCGCAGUGUCUGGUCUCCCAGUCCCCGGAGCCACCGCGGGUUUUCCCCCAGCCCCAAGGGCCAUGGGGUCCCCGCCCGCCAGUGCCAAAGCGCCCGGUCAGAGGCGGAAGGAAGUGGUAUUUAUUGUUCUCCCCGAGACCGCGUCGCCCCCGGUCAGGCCGGCAGUUGCAGUGUAGACUACCGGAGAGCCCCGCCUGCAGGCUGUGUAGAUACGUAUAUACGUGUAGAUAUGUGUAGAUACUGUAGAUACCGCGCCGGCGCUGACUUGAUAAACGGUUUUGCGUCUUUUGGAA